AUGAUAUUAUCAGUACAUAAAGACGGCUAUUUUCUCUCCCCAUCAGUUUGCUUUCCAAAGACAACAUCAGGCCAAUGUUGCAGUAUUCCAUUUAAAUACAAGCAUGUGACCUACAACUCUUGCACUACUGCUGAUUGGCACAGACCUUGGUGCUCCUUGGAUCCUGUGUAUAAGGGAAGAUGGGGCAACUGCCGUAAGUUUUAAAUUGAAAUAGCUAAGGCAUCUUUAGUGUGUAUUUCAAAGUUACAUUUUUUAUCAUUAUACCAAGAGCAUUCUGUCUUUUCUUUGAUAACGUUACCAGUCACCACAAGUGUUUGCCCUCCGAAGACAACAUCAGGCAAAUGUUGCACUAUUCCAUUUAAAUACAAGCACGUGACGUACAACUCUUGCACUACUGCUGAUUGGCACAGACCUUGGUGCUCCUUGGAUCCUGUUUACAAAGGACGUUGGGGAAACUGCCGUGAGUUUUAG